UUCUUAUAUAAAAGCACACACGUAUUAAUUAGUAUAAUAAUCGGUAUAAAUUUAUGAUGGUAGAUAAAGUUGAACGAGUUUGCGUUUUAAUUUACAGUGGCGUUAUAUAUCAGUUAAUAUAAUUAAAAAAAUUGUUAAACAAAAGCAUCUUUAUCGCAAAUAUUAAAUUACUUAUAACUAACACAUUGUUUUGACAACAAACAAACCAGCACCACAUUAAUUCGCCAUUAUCAUAGUUUAUCGUUACCAUUAGUUAUUUUUGAUGAAGGGUCAUCACGUUGCUUCAAAACAAGUUUAAUAAAUAUUCAAUCCAUAUUACGCUUCGAGAUUAGUGUUUGUAAUAGCAAGCAUUUGAAGAAAUCUUAAGCUGAAAAUAAUUGACAAUCUAGAAUCGAAAAAAAGAAAAUCUACCAAGGGAAAAAGAAGAAAUGGCUGAAAAGAAUCAGUUAUCAAGUAUCGAUGAUAUUUUUGCCAAAUUGAGUAUCGAAGAUCAGCAGCAAGUUAGACACUUGCUGUAUGGAAGAAAUUACGAAUCCCUAGUGUUACCAAAGGAUGUGGUAGAAAAAGCGAAAGAACAAAAUUUUGAACUAGCAAGUUACAAAAUUCUUAAUAAACCUGAACAAGUGCGAAAACCUAGGAUUGUUAGACUAGCUGCUUUACAAACAACCCUUCCAUUGCCUACAACUACCCCCAUCGUAGAACUGAGAGCAGCCAUCCACAAAAAGGCUGCUCAAGCACUCGAUAUUGCAUCUAAAGCAAAUGUAAACAUUGUUUGUUUUCAAGAAUUAUGGAGUAAGUUUUUUAUUUAUCCAAUNUUUGAAAUGUACACAUAUAUUGUUAAUAAAUCUUUUUUAUGUUAA